UCCAAAAUGGCAGCUGGCACACAGAGAGUUCUAGCAAAAUGUCAAAAAUGUAUCGAUUCAGGGGAUUUCUACGAAGCACACCAGAUGUUAAGAACACUUUAUUUUAGGUACAGUGCUGCUAAGAAGUAUGCAGAAGCCAUUGACCUGUUGUAUAACGGAUCCCUUACAUUACUGAAACAUAAACAGUAUGGGAGUGGAUCAGACUUGGCUCUGUUGAUGGUUGAAGUUUUGAACACAGCCAAUACUCCUGUUUCAGAUGAUAUUACAGACAAGGUAGUAGACCUUCUGCGUAUCAUGGAGAAUGAGAAUCAGGAACGUCACACCUACCUAAAUAACGCCCUCCGCUGGACGAUAAAGGUGGAACCCGAUCACAGGGCCGGCCAUCCUGACAUGCACAAGAAAUGUGGACUACUCUUCUGGCAAGAGAAAAACUAUGUUCAAGCGAGAUAUCACUACCUACACUCAUUUGAUGGUAAAAACCUGGCAACAAUGUUGGUGGAAUACCAUACUGCAUUGGGCUAUCCAUCUGAGGUGGACUUGUUUAUAGCUCAAACUGUUUUGCAAUUUUUGUGCCUGAAAAACAAAGACACUGCCCAUGUGGUGUUCACAACCUAUACAAAACAGCAUCCUGAGGUAGAACAGGGGCCGCCAUACAUCAAGCCACUUCUCAACUUUAUAUGGUUUCUACUGUUAGCAUUAGAAAGUGGUAAAUUAGCAGUCUUUGUUGUCCUUUGUGAAAAGUACCAGACAUCCAUUAGCAGAGACCCAUCAUAUAGAGAGUACCUGGACAGAAUAGGGCAGCUGUUUUUUGGUGUCCCACCUCCAAAAUCCCAGUCACAGUCCGGCUUCUUCGGCAACUUGAUCCAGAGCUUGCUGGGAGGAGACGACGAUGAAGCAGGCCCCUCGUUUAGCCCUGCCCAAACACCUGCUGUGACCCCAGGGACCCCUGCCUCAGAGAAUAGGAAUAUGGCACCUGUGGAACUGGACUGAGCUUCAUUAAUGACAUAUAAUGAUAGCUAACAUAUAACAGGCCUUUCAGUGAUUCAUAAUAUUUAUUCUACUGUGACUAUUUUGCGUGCAUUAUGCAUUCCAACUCAUGAAUGUUUAAUGGAUUCUGGUUUUAGUAUUAUUAUUAUGUAAAUUAUACAAAAUUAAAUAUUUUUUAAAACAGCUCUGCACAAACUUCUUUUGAAAUAUUGGAGGUUGUCUAAAGGACAGUAAAUUAUUGUAAGAUUGAA